AUGCCAGGGAGCCUGAGGCCCCGGCACGGCGGCCGCGCGACGCGAGCUGCCCAGCCGCCUUCCACGCCCAAUCGGUUCGCUUCGGCCGUGGCCGCCCUGGCCAAGACCCCGCGGGAAGGCAGCGGCGCCGAGCGCGUCCAGCUCGGCCUGAAGCGCGCGGCAGACGGCGCCGAGCCAGCCGCGAGUCGGAAUGCUCAAAGGAUGGGCGAGGGCGCGCGCCGCCUCCCACCCGCCGAGGGCGAGGACCUCCCAGAUGGAGUCCCGCUGCGCCUGCGCGUCCCGGGCGCUUCUCCGAGCAAGGCGGUCUCCAGGGAGCCGCAGUACAGCGUCGAUGAGGCCCUCGCGCUCCAGCGCGCGCUCCAGAGCGCCUUUGCGGCGGAUGGCUUCCGGACGCAGCUGCGCCGCGCGGAGGCCGCCCACCCCCGGCGCGGCGUCCGCGGCCACGCGGACCAGGCCAAGUUCACUCAGCAGUUGCACUCCAUGCUGCGGGAAGUCUACCGCGACGUCCUGCCACAGAAGCCGUGGUGCUUGCCGCAGGGUUGGGAGGGCUACCGAAAGAUGGUGGCUCGCAUGGAGGCGGUGGCCGAGGACCCGCGGGUCGUCAACGCCAGGGAGGACAUCAACCGCCUCCUCGGCUUGCCCCGCUUUACUGUGCUGAGGCCCCCCCCAGAGGAGCCGUUGAGAGCUCAAGAAGGUGACGGCGCCGGAGAAGCGGAGGGUGCCCUGCAGGUCUUCGUGGAGCUGCCCGACGGCUCUGGCGAGGACCAGAGCAAGAACGGCGCACCUCUGUUUACUGAUGCAGAUGGAGACACCGCUCACGAAUUCUGGGAAGAAGACAGGGGCGGAAACCUGAUACGAGUACUACCAGGCGUUGCCAGUACCGUCUGA